CCAUGAAGAAAUGAAACUUUAUUGAGUGCUUCCGGUUGCGGCGGCCAUCACGCUUCUGUUUUUGCGGCGGCUUGAUCCUUGACAAAUAUUGAGAGAUGGCUGGGCGUCGUGCUGCUGUAAAAGCCAUUGACUGGCUGGCCUUCGCUGAAAGGGUUCCUCCUAACCAGAGGACGAUGUUCAACAACCUUAAGACCCGCAGCGAUGCCAUUGCUGCCAAACUUGCCUCACUGCCAGAGAAACCGGCCCCCAUAGACUGGAGCCAUUACAGGAAGGUGGUAGCGAAAGCAGGCAUGGUGGAUGAGUUUGAGAAGAAGUUUGCUGCUUUGACAGUUCCUGAGCCAGUGGACACCCAGUCAGCUAAGAUCGAUGCACAGGAACAGGAGGCUAACAAAAGUGCUGCAGCUUACAUUGAGGCAUCCAAGGCUCGCAUUUCUCAUUAUGAAAAAGAGCUUGAGAAGUUCAAGAACAUGAUUCCCUUUGACCAGAUGACCAUUGAAGACCUCAACGAAGCUUUCCCUGAGACCAAGCUGAACAAGGAGAAAUAUCCAUAUUGGCCACACAAGCCUAUUGCUGAACUGUAAUGUAAAAAUAAAUUGUUAACUUAAAACAUUUGAAUACUGAAUUAAAUAGUUUUGGUUCAAUCUGUAAAAAUUUCUGCUGAAAAGAUUUGAGUGGUUCAGUGCUGUUCUGUAUCUGGUAAACAUGAAAUAAAUAGAUAAAGUUUU